AUGGAGAUGAGUUGCAAAGUUUGGGCUCUGGGGCUGGUGUCUGUGCUUGGGAUAGUUCUUCUCGUUCCAUCGGGCUCCACUCUUCCCCUUGCUGAGACUUACGGUUUGGAUAACCCUGAAGAAGGAGAAAAUCAGACCAACUUUAAUAUAGUCUGUGGCCCAUCUCCCAACUCUAACCGAGUGGUUGGGGGUGAGGAUGCCAAGGAUGGAGAAUGGCCCUGGCAGAUCAGCCUCUUUUGGGGCGACUCACACUACUGUGGAGGCAGCCUGAUCACCAACUCCUGGGUCCUCACUGCUGCCCACUGCGUAUUCCAUCGGGAGCCGUCCAAUUAUUCCGUGGUCCUGGGAACCAAUACUUUGGAGCCUAUCAGCCCGGAUGGCGUCAUCCGCAAGGUGAAAAAGAUUGUGGCGCACCCAGGCUUCACAGCUAACAUCGAAGAUAGCAGUGACAUUGCCCUACUGGAGCUCUCAGAGCCAGUGUCCUUCACAGAGAAGAUUCAGCCCAUCUGCAUCGCCGACAACUCCUCCCGGCCCGCCUCCGGCACACCCUGCUGGGCGACUGGGUGGGGAAGUCUAGGGGUGGAAGGUGAGACAGACCUGCCACCUCCCCAGGCUCUCCAGAAGGUCAAAUUGCCUCUCAUCUAUCGUGAGGCCUGUGAUAACCUCUACCAUCUGCCCGAUCAGCCUUCUCCCACCAGCCCCUCCCCAGGGGACGACAUUGAGCUUCCUGAGGGCCCCAACAUCGUAGAGGGCAUGAUCUGUGCCGGCUACCCAGAGGGCAGGCCGGACGUCUGCUUCGGUGACUCUGGGGGCCCUCUUUCCUGCCCAGUGAAUGGAGUCUGGGUGCUGACCGGCAUAGUGAGCUGGGGGGUGGACUGCGGCUCCCCCAACCACCCUGGUGUCUACACCGAUGUGGCCACUUACACCUCCUGGAUCCUGGAGAAUAUUCCUCAAGGGAACGGAAACUAG